AUGAAAAGUAAAUGCAUUUUGUCGUACACAGGCAUGCUUACUUUCGUACGAAAAGUCAUGCAUAGUAAUUGUUAAUCAUGGACGGAAAAAAUAUGCACGGGAGUGCUUUUUACUUUGCCUUGACACUUAUUUAUUUUGUUCUACAAAAUAAUCAUUACUUGAUUGUGUGAAAUUUUAGUUUUAUUUUUUACUCUGUGCGCAAGAAGUAUGUUGUUUCCAGUUCCUUCCAGAUUGUAUCUAACAAAGACAGCUUGUACCUUUCUGAAAAGUAUGGCACCAAUGAGCUCUAAAAUACCAAUGUCAAGACCGUCAUUGGAUCAUAUUAUUCAAAAGAAUGAAUCUCAAGUAUUAGAGUCGAAAACUCAGCAGUUCUGCAAGCAGUACACUUCUCUUCCAGCCACGGAAAAGUUAGAAAUCCUUAAAGAACUUGCUCAAAAACAUGAUUUUGACCUGGAGUCUGCCAAGAAUGCUGCAGAAUCUUUUGUUUCACAUAAGGAUAAAAAUAUUGCUGUCCAGUUAAAGGCUGCUGAAAGACUGAAGGCAAGCUUGAAUCCUUCAUAUGCUCAGAUAUUUAGUCGCAUUAGAAAACUGGAAGGUGGUGUCAAGUUUCUAGUUGAUCUCAGAGCAGAUUUAAUGAACAUGUUGCCAAACUCCAAUAUCAAUGAUGAUUCUACACCCCAUCUUAAAGCUCUGAAUAAUUAUUUAAAAGACAUACUGUCAUUCUCAUUUAAUGUGGGAUUCCUGAAAUUGGAGAGAAUAACAUGGGACUCGUCAUGUUUUAUGCUAGAAAAGAUCUCUGAGUAUGAAGCUGUUCAUCCCGUUAGAAACUGGACAGACAUCAAGCACCGCGUUGGGCCAUAUCGAAGGUGCUACGUCUUCAUCCACAGCAGCAUGCCCAGAGAGCCUAUAGUUGUGUUGCAUACAGCAUUAACUAAUGAAAUAUCGUCUAACAUCAUGUCUAUUGUAAGACAAACUAAAGUGCAAACUGAAACAGAUCAAAAAUUUACUUUACCGGAAACCCUUGAAGAUCCCAGGAAAAUUCAAGCUGCUAUAUUUUAUUCUAUAACUUCAACCCAAAAAGGACUUCAUGGCAUUGAAUUAGGCAACCAGCUAAUUAAAAAAGUGGUCCGAGAAGUCCAGGCUGAAUUUCCUCACAUAAAACAGUUUUCUACUCUUUCGCCAAUACCUAGUUUUCGAGAAUGGCUGCUGUUGGAAUUGAGAAAAAUAAAAAAUGAUAAUUCUGUCAUUUUAUCUUAUUUUACUGAAAGAGAGAAGAAAGAGAUGGAGCAGAUCUUCAAUUGUGAUAUGCAUGACGUGUGGUUUUCUCUUCACCAGGCGAUCAUAUCAAAUAGGUGGAUCAGCGACGAGGACUUGAAGGAACUUUUGAGGAUUCCUUUGUUAAAAAUUUGUGCUCACUACUUGCUGAAAGAAAAGAGACGAGCAAAUGUCCUCAACAGUGUUGCACAUUUCCAUUUAAGAAAUGGAGCUGUACUGUGGAGGCUGAACUGGGCAGGGGACACUUCUCCCAGAGGAUUGGAUAAUUCUUGUGGAAUCAUGGUAAAUUACAGAUAUUACAUAGAUGAAACAGAAGAAAAUUCCAGAAACUAUGUAGAAAACUAUCAUGUGGCUGCUAGCGAUGAAGUAAAAGAUCUGCUAGCUCCAGUGUUCAGUAAAUCAUCCUUGUAGUGCAAUCCAAAAUAAAAAGUUUCAUUGUUUUUCAUUGAAAGUUAUAUUUGUCCUAAGGCAUUGUUUCUUGUUAAAAAUGUACAGUCAAAUUUUAUUUCUAGUUUCUUUUUCUUUCAUUUGGAUGUGAUAUUUGGGGUUGAAUGUUUUCAUGAAAUUGAUUUUUUUGAAACAAUUUUAAGUAUUUUAGCAGACGCGAUAUCUGACCAUAUUCGGCAAGGCGGAUCAAAACUUUUUUAAAGGGAGGGGUAAUUGAAUUUUUUUACAUGCCCUUUACUAAGUUCCUGGUUUGCAAACGUUCAAUAAUUCGGACUUCAAUUCGAAAAUAUUUCCAGGGAGGUUGCCAAACCUUUCUUCCCCUGAAUUUAAAAUUAUGAAAGAUUGUCUGAAAUUGCGUUUUUUGAACUUUAAUAUCGAAAAUUUUCCAAUGGUGAGUCCCUCAAGAGAGGGGCGAUUGCCUCAUCACCCAUCCCUUGUAUCCAUCCUUAAUCUUCGGUGAUGAUUAGUCAUCUUAUAAAUGAUACCAUGAUCAAAACAACUGCAUGACUGUGCCCGAUAAAAAAAAGUUGUUUUUGCCAAAUUGUUUUGCUGAUUUAGUUAGAGUAAGAUUUGUUUAUAUGGAUGUGCAUUACGUGUUUUGCCAUCUGAGUAAAACACACAUGUAUUUCCUGCUUUUGACUGCAAUUGAUUGUUAUCGUAUAAUUGAAAUGUUUUCCCAAAAUUCUUUAAAACCAAUUAAAAUUGGUUGGUGCACAGCUUCACUGUGCUGCCAAGGUUAGCACAGGGCUUAACUCGCUCUGUAGGUCACAGAAACUUGACUCCAAUACUUUUCUAUUUUAUCUGAAUUUAUAAAGUUUAGAUGGAAUUCAGAGGAUUUAUGUAUGGAAAUAAUUCUUGAAGACUCUUAUGCUCCCACACUUCUUUUGAUAGAAAUUACGCCUGAGGUUCUCAAAAAAAAAAGUAUGCAAUAGUCAGUGAUGCUGGGAUAAAUUUUUCGAAAGCUACUCUUAAACCAUUUAAAACUAGAAUCUAGGUACAAUGUACAUACUAGCGGAAAAUACUAACAUUUUUCCUGAUUGGUCUUCCAAAUGCUACAAAAUUAAAAACGGAAUCAUAAUUUUGUUUUUGAUUCUACUUUAAAGUUUUAUAUCACAAUUGCUUGAAUCAGAUUUGUGUCAGCUACUCAGUAACUACUUUGUUUUUAAUUUUCUUUUGCAAUAUGUGAAAUAAUUUUGUUGUAAUUGUCUUCUAGGUUUAGAUUUGUAAAAGGUAUUUUAGUGGCCAUCAUGUACAUUUCAAUGUAUUUUUGUAUUUUCCUACAAAACUGUGUUGUACAAAUCUUGACAGUAUAAGAGGAAAUAAUUAAUCAAUUGAAUUGUAUUUUGAUACUAUGUGUGCUGUGAAUUCAUGUUUUAUAGCUUUAAUGAAUAAAGUUUUAUUUUUA